AUGGCGAGCAAAGAUCGGACGCUGGAUGUUGAUUCAACUUCGAACGCUUCGACAGUAGAUUCUUUGAUGGCAAAAAUCAGUAUCAAAACCCCCAAGCCGAGAGUUUGUGCCCUCCUCGAUAAACUUCCCAGAGAGAUUCGCGAUAAUAUCUGGCGACUCAUUCUUUUGAGACCGGUUGCGAUCAUGCCCAGGGUUCGUAAACGGAAGUAUUUAUUUGCAACAGGGAGUCAAGCCGAAGGUCAUAAGCAUUGUAGGUUUCAACGGAGAUUUAGUUACGAUUGGGCCCAGGCGCCAGCUCCAGAGACAUUUUUCGGUGGUAACACCAUUAGUCGAGAAAUCGCAUGGACUACAGACCCUACCCGCGAGGAACUCAAACUCAUUCAAGGUGGAGUCAAAAAAUUCACGAUUGGUAAUUUCCCGGAGCCUGGUCAACAGACCAAGUGGGCUGUACAUCAUCGAGAUGGAUUUGGUCCUCAAAUCAUAAAGAAGACCGAAUUCCAACUACACCCGUUUGGUCGUUCUGUCAGUAUCGUGCGAGUAUGCAAACAAAUGGAGCAAGAGUGCACUAAAAUUCUUUACGGGGAGAACAAAUAUGAGUUUGAUGUGUCAGACUGUCAUAGGAUGCACCAGCUGAAGAACCCAUGGGAUGUCUCUGGUUUUCCGCUGUUUGAAGAGUUACUCAGUAAGGCCACUAUUAGUAAUGCUGUCGAGAAACUUUUUGAUUUAGAAUGCUAUCAGCCAGCGUUCAUUGCAAAAGAUCCGCUUAUUCGUUUUAUGGCGUACAUUGGACUCAAGAAUUCUUCACUGUUGAGAGAUAUUAAAUUUGAUGGGGGAUUCACGCUUACUCUCAAGCCGCCUGGCGAAAGAAACCCGUCGCUCGGAUUUGGAGCAAUUCUGCCUAUGUACACGAUCAUCAUAGCAGAGGUCUGUCCUAAAUUACGCAAGCUCACCUUGCAUCAGCGCUCUCUCGCCUUUGACAACGACACCAGAAGUGCCGAAAAGGAAAAAGAGAUGGGGUAUGACUACGGCAUGAUGUAUAGAAUCUUAGGUAAAGUGGUUCUCGGUCUACCAAAUCUCCAGCAACUUCAACUAGGCGCUUAUUCCGAACCUCCAAUUGCUCGUUAUCCAUCUCAUUGCUAUGCAGAUCAUAGAUUCGAGUGGGGAAAGUCUAUUCAAUGGAUGAAGUUUGUUGAUGAGCGAUAUGCCAACCAGCUAUAUACUCCAAGUACUAUACCGACCAGUUGGUCCAGUGUUGAUGUGGGGAAAGCUCGGGUUCCAGGUCGGAGUGGUAUUUAUAGUCGCCACAAAGAUUCGCGAGAGCACGAACGUCCGGGUAGUUACGGUACUAGCACUUGCACCUGGACUGUCACCCGCUGCCCAUCCCAAACCAAUCCGGGCUCUAUUGGAGAACCGCCAAUGGAUAGUCCUGAUCGAAGAGACAGAUAUGGAUUUCUGCCAGAAAAGUCGGGUGAUGUGUGGAAAUGUUCGGAUGCACAUGGUGGUGCCAGACGUGAUCACGGACAAAUCUUAAACAUUUCAACGAAGGUAGACCAGGACAUCGCACCCCGUACCUGGGUUCCUGGCCAACACGUGAGAAGAUGGUGGCUCUCAUUCUGA